GUCUUGAACUAGCCGGGAUAUUAGCUUUAGACAACCCAACAAAAUGACUGAGCCGCCGGUUAACUCUGAGGAGGAUUCUUAUAUGGAGGAGUCUUUUGAUGAAGAGGUGCCCUCCGAUGUGGAGGAGGAGCAGGAGUAUGAGGAGGAUAUUGAUAAUGAGAGCGACACACAUAGCGACACCGACGUCGAGGCUGAGUAUAUGCGUGGAAAUCCACAUGCACGCCGUCAACAGUUGUAUUCCAAGCGCUCUGGCGGAGGAAGCGGCUUCGCCCGCCAAACUCAUGUGAAGUAUGACAGCUCCUCGUCCGAGGACGACGAGCCCGUGGUUGUCACCCAGACUGUGGCCGAAGUGAACACAUCGACACUGAACCCUGAGCAGACUGACGAUGAAUCCAUAUCAGUGCGCACGUUGAUACCGAAGAGCGCUAAGCAGCAUGAAGGGGAUGAAGGGGAUUCGGAUGAAUUGACCGAAGUUGAGGACGAAAUGGAAGAUGAGCUGGCUGCUGAGGACGAGAUUGACUCUGAAAAUGAAUUCGAUGGCAAGGAAUUGGCUACCGAGAUAGACAACGAUGGGAAAGAUGAAGAAGCAACGAGCCUACUAGGAGACGAGCAGGACGCGGAUGAAGAGGAGGCAGAAGAAGAGGAGGAUGGGAACGAACAGGAUAAUCAGGACUUGCGUCUCAACAUGGAUCUGGUUGACAUCGCCGAUGGCUCCGACGGCAGCGACAGUGAGAUGGACUCUUCACGCAACAGCGACCCCGAUCUGGAUGGCAUAACCAACUAUAAGAAACUGAAGCGCGGUCCUCACUACCAUCCGAAUUUGCCGAGGAAGCCGAUUGUUGAUACCGAUGCACCGGUAUUUCCCAAGCUGGAGAGCAUCUACGAUGAUAAUGGCGAGGAGGUCUACAAGCUGGAAGACGAUGUGCCUGUACCGGGCGAACCGCUCAAUGUCAAGUAUCUGGAACAGCAAAUGACUGAAAUGUCGGAGAUGAUCAUGAAGACAUUUCGCCUGAGCGGCGGCUCGGCUGACAACAGUGCAUUGGAGCAACUGGCAUUGGCCACCAAGUUGAUGAAGAAGCACGGCAAACCAAAGUCAUUGCCAGAGGAUGAAGAGCCGCAAUCCCUGGACUCCUCCAAGUCUACACCGACCACAAUGCGCACAGAACAGCAAAUCGGACGCCGCAGCUGCCGCUGCCCCUCGAGCACCGAUGUCAACCAGCCCGGAGGCGGGAACAAGCUACUGAUGGACGAAUGUGGCCAGGGCGAUGGCCUGUUGCGCUAUCCACACAUGAAGCAGACACAGUCGGCUCGCAUGCUCAGCUCAACGCCCAGCUGCCUGCGCAGCGAGACCAGUAGCUUCCACGUGGAUGUGCGACGUCCACGCUCAGUCGCCUCCUCCGAGGUCAACUAUAAGAAUCUGGGACGCAAGAGCUUCAGCUUCACCAAUCCGCAGGUGCGUGAGAUCGAGCGCCAGAAUAACAUUUUAUUGAAGAAAAUGAUGAACGUGAAGCCGACAAUAAAGCCAACUGUCAAUAUGGUCAAGUCCAAUACCAAUCUCCAAGCUAAGAAUCAAGGACCGCCUGUAGCACGCCGCACUACCGCCGCCGUCAACCGCAAGAAGUACCAAAGGCAGAUUGACUUGGACAAUGAUGUGCUGAAGCGCAAGCUGGAAGCCGUGGGAUCGCGCCGACCCAUAUUCAAGUGAGCUAUCAGCCAGUUGUUGAUUUUGCAUUGAUAUCCAAAAUAUUAUAAUUUUAGAAAUGUUUAAAGCGAAUUUACCAAAUUAAAAUUUUAUGCAAGUUAA